GGGACACGAGGGAAUUAACGAGAGGGACGGAGAAAGAGUUCAGUAAAUUCUCAAUCGAGAUGCCACGCUGUUCGGUGGUUGCCGCAGCACUGAUCGUCAUCGCGCUCUGAGCCCGAGCGGUCAGUUCACAACCAUGUCCUCCCCAUCGCAGACGGCAUCGCCAACGGCCUCGAGCUCUUCGACGGCGACGAAGGACACGCCAGCGGUCUCCAUAGACAGUCUUUUGUCUUAUCCCAGUCCAACAGCCCCGGAGACUCGAGCCGCUUCAUCGACUCAACAAUCACGGCCUCUCGUCAGAGAACGACUAUAUGUCGGCAACUUGCACCCGACCGUCGACGAGUAUACCCUGCUGCAAGUGUUCAACAAGUAUGGAAAGGUGUCCAAGCUCGACUUUCUCUUCCACAAGACUGGCCCGAUGAAGGGCAAGCCGCGUGGUUACGCAUUUGUGGAGUACUCCAGCGUGGAGGAUGCCCAGAAUGCACUCGAGAGCGCUAACAACAAGCUACUCCGAGGUCGAAAGCUCUUUAUCACGUAUGCACACCAAGCACCGCAAGACCAGACCGGUGCUGGAUCGAGGUACAAGCGGAUGCAGUCAGAGGCCUCAAAGCCCACAACGCUCAGCCUGCUGAAGAGCGCGUCUACAGGUCGUCAGGAAGCGACCGGAACGAAGAUAGCGAAGAUGGAGGCGAAGCUGCGGCAAAUGGAGCAGUCUUCGUCCGGGUCCUCCUCACGUCUCCACCCAUCCCUCCCAUCCAAACCGACAAUGGCAUCCAUCGUCGCGUCGACCAUGGAUGUGCCUCCCGCCGGGGCGCGACAAUCCCUCCCAAGUAUGUCUGCGCGCAAGAGGAUACAUCAGACGCUUCCCUCUCUCCCUAUGCCCAAUCCGACGAAAAGCACACCGUCGACUCCCCUGUUCCCCAGCGCAGCUACACCGCCUCGUGUGGAGCCUGCGAAGAAAGCUGCGACGCCUCUUACCGGCGUGCGGAUAGUGAAGAAGAAGGAUCGGUGACGAAGGCUUUUGCUUCUUUUGCGGGCUGCAUUGUUUUAAUAAGUUAAGGGACAUGGGUAACGAAGCAGCCUGUCCACUUCUUGCGCAGCUGCUAUAGUAGUGUUACAAGCGUAGUGUUUCUUGCGCAUGCGGGUCUCGAUAGGUUAUCACAUUAUCAUAAGCUGGAUUUACUGGC